AUGGGUCGCGGAGGUCGAGGAUUCGGUGGUUUCGGUGGCCGAGGAGGUUCUCCAUCUCGAGCUCCUCCAGCAGCCGCACCUCGAGCUGCUCCUGCUCCUCCAGCAGCUGCACCUGCUGCAGCUCCACGGGCUCCUGGUCUUAUGGGACAAAUGGCAGCCACGGCUGGUGGUGUUGCUAUUGGAUCCGUCGUUGGUCACGGUCUUUCUAACGCUAUCUUCGGCGGUGGAAGCCAGGGUGGUGCUGCUCCAGCUCAGGGGGCCCCAGCUGCUGCCCCUGCCGCCGCUGGCGGAGCUUACGGCGAGCAGCAAGCUCAGCCCACUCCUUGCGAAGGCGAAAUGGGUCAAUUCGUUCAGUGCUCGCUCAACGCUGGGGACAUUCAGGAUUGCAUCGGAUAUUUGGACAUGCUGAAGAACUGCCGAGACCGAGUGAUGGCUCAGUACCAGUAA